UCUUUCUUUGGUUCCCAAGCAGAAGCCGCGAUCAUCGCAAAUCGUACCGAUUACUGCGUUGGAGAUGAAGUGCUACAAUGCGUACCUCCAAUCUAUCCAUAUGUACAAAACUAUAGAGAAAAGCGGAGAAGGAGCCUCGAAAUCAAGUGGACAGAAAUCAUUUUUGGACCUAUAAGUCGCAUGAAAAUCUUGUUCAAGGUAUCACCCAAAUAUCAUCUCCUUGCGUGCACAAUCGAGAAGAACUUCUCGACAAUGUUAACAGCCAUUAUUUGCUACUUGUUUGAUGAAGAUCGUUUUAUUCGACAAAAGAAGAACAUUAUUACGGAAACAUACCGCAGACGAUCCUGUGCACAACUCAACGAGUACACUUCCCUCACUACCUUACACAGUACAUUGAAUCACAAGGACUGGAGCAUGAUGGCUGUGGUUCGCGAUCCAUUAGAAAGAUUUGUAUCCGGUUUUGCUAACAAAUGUCUCAGGGAGAAAGUGUGGAAAAAAUUUCCGGAUCGCUGUAAUGGAUGCCAAAAGGUUAGUUUGAUUCCUAAUAAUAAUUAAUU